UUAAAGGUGAGUUGAGGAAGACCUGCUUUAUGCGCACUUUACCACAGACCGACGACUCGCUGACAUCGUUGACAUUAGGGAUAAUUUCAACUGCGUAUUUCUGCAUUCAGGAACACUCGUUUCCAAACACACCAAUAGAUUUAGAAGGUUAAAAAGUUGCGCGUGAUGAGUCGAGCCCCGAGGCUUGAGCUUUUUACGCAAUCCAGUAUGUCCGGAACAAAGAAGCAGUCGAGCACAGACUCGUCCGAUUCGAACCCCUGGGACAGACUGGGCAGCCCGACUCUUCUGUGGUCUCCCACCUCCGGGAUUCCUCUGCAGGAUGGGCUGUACAUGGACGCGAGAUUCCCGGUGCAGAACAUGCCGAUUCAGACCGACGUGGUUUGGAAACGACCAAAGGAGAUCUGUCCAUUUCCCCAGUUUAUUGUGGAUGGAGCCACACGUAUGGACGUCUGCCAGGGAGUUCUGAGUGAUUGCUGGUUCUUGUCUGCGGUGGCAUCUCUCUCUCUCUACCCUUCCCUCCUGGAUCGCGUUGUUCCCUCAGGCCAAGGCUUUCAGAAGGGCUACAAUGGCUGCUUCUAUUUUCGGUUCUGGCAGUAUGGUGAGUGGAAUAAGGUGCGAGUCGAUGACCGCCUGCCGACACGUAACGGUCAGCUGAUCUAUCUGCACUCCUCAAACAGAGAUGAAUUCUGGAGCGCUCUACUGGAGAAGGCUUAUGCCAAGAUGAAGGGUGGUUAUAACGCUCUGAAUAUGGGUUUCCCUCACGAGGCGAUGGUAGACAUGACAGGUGGGAUUACGGAGGUUUUCAUGGUGGCAUCUCCCCCUGGUCCGCUGGGUUCAUUUCUGCGUUCGCUGCUGCAGAAAGGAGCUCUGAUCAACUGCGCCAACUCACAGGGACCCCUUGAGAAGAGCAAUGAGUUUGGGAUUCUGUUCAGACAUGCCUAUUCUGUGACAGGCCUGGAGACGAUCAAGAGUACGAUCGGUCCAGUUGAGCUGGUGCGGAUCAGGAACCCGUGGGGCCAAACUGAGUGGGAGGGGCCCUGGAGUGACAAAAAAGGCUUCGAGUGGAAUAUGGUGAGCGCUGAAGAACAGAAGCGUGUGCAGAGAAUCCAGCAGGAUGAUGGGGAAUUCUGGAUGUCUCUGUCAGACUUCCGGCAGAACUUUGAGAUGAUGGAGGUUUGUCACCUGAGCGAAGACACGCUGAGUGAAGGUGGAAUCAAAAAGCCUUGGAAAUGUACAUCGCAUCAUGGACAAUGGAUGCCUCUGCAAGGGCCGCCUCAGUUCAAUCUGACCCUGUUGGAGGAGGACGACGACCCCAGUGACCCUAAACUAACGUGCUCAUUCCUGUUGGCACUCAUGCAGAAACACACUCGUCAGAGAGGAGUGCUGUUCCCCGUCGGGCUGCACAUAUACAAGGCGCGAUCUGAGCGUGAUUUCCUCUCCUCACGGGACUUGUCUCUGCUCAGUCCGGUGCUCAGCUCCAUUAAAGAACUUGGAUACAUCCCGCGGCGGGAGCUUGUGUUGCGCGGUCACCUGGCACCAGGUCAUUACAUCAUCAUUCCCACCACUGAGGAGACCAAUCAGGCGGGAGAAUUCCUCCUGAGAGUCCUGACUGAGAAAGGAAACAACACCAUAGCUGCUGAGAGACCUGGAACAGAGGCAAACUUACCUGUAGUGCCGAUGUCUCCACGUCUCGCAGGUCUGCCAUCUAUAAAUGAAGCCAAAGAUCUCUUCAUGAAACACUGUGUCAAGGGGUCUUACUGUAGGCCACUGGAUCUGUAUAACCUGCUGACUGAAGCCAUUGUAAAGGGAGUCUUUGCAGGUAGUGAGAAGAGACUGAGUUUGGAGCACUGCAAGAGCUUUGUUGUGCUCAUGGAUAGCCAAGGAAUGGGUCGACUCGACUUGACAGAGUUCCAGGCAUUGUGGGAAAAACUCAGGAAGUGGACGGUUAUUUUUAUGACGUUUGACAAAAACAAGAACCAGUCGCUGGAUUAUCAAGAAAUCUCCCCCGCUCUGUCAGCAGCAGGCAUACAGGUGGAUGAAUUCAUAGUGCAGCUCAUCGGCCUGCGCUACACGGAGCCAGAUAUGACCGUCAGCUUCCCAGGAUUCCUGUUCCUGCUCAUGAAACUGGACAGCAUGAUGCGCAAGUUUCAGUCGUUUGAUAUGACGGGAAUGGGAAUGAUUUCAGUGAACUGCAGACAGUUUCUGCACAUGACCAUGUACAACUGAUUCCAGACCAGCUGCAGGAAACAACAUACAUCUGCUUCAUCUGUUCUUUAUAUUGGAUCGCUGCAGGACUGGUCAAUACAGUAACAGACAUGAUGCAAAGCUACUGUAUAUAUCACUGCACAGCACCUAUAGAGAGCAACUAUUAGCCUUAUUUUACUGCUUCUAGUGGACAGAUGUCACUUAAUGAAUUUGCUUAAUAAAUUUUUUUUGAACAAAAAUUGGUGUAAUAGUUUUUAGUAAUAAUUUAAUAAAAAUAAAAGAAAAAUAUAAUUUUAUAAAUGUUAUUAUUUUAUUAUUAUUUAAUAAAAAUAUAAUCAUAAUUAAGAAUAAAUAUAUAAUAAUGUAUUAUUUAAUAAUUUAUUACAAUAUUACAAUUUAUUACAAUUUAUUAUAAUAUUUUAAAACUUAAUAAUAAAUAAUUUAAGACAAUUUAUUAAAUUUAUAAAUAAUAAUUAUACAAAUAAUAAAUAGUGCUGUCAAACGAUUAAUCGCGAUCCAAAAUAAAAGUUUGUGUUUACAUAAAAUAUGCGUGUGUAUUUAUAUAUACACAGUUAAUAUACACAGCACACACGCAUAUAUUAUGUAAACACAAACUUUUAUUUUGGAUGCGAUGGAUGAGAUAUUGAUCAGAUCUUGUUGCUUUAAAGUCAGUAUGAAAUCGUCUUUUGUGACGUAUAUCCAAGAGAAAUGGCUUCUCAAACAAGAACAAAUGUUGGGCGGGGCUUGAUUUUGUCCGUGGGGAAUUGAUUGGAUGGUUGUGGUUUGCUAUUGGUGGAUCUCAUUUGAUUGACAGGUUGCCCCGCCCUCACACCAGUAAACAUCAACAGAGAAGAAAAGAGAUGAGCUGUAAGAGAGAGGGGAAGUUAUUUUCGUUAAAGAUUAUAAGGGCACAUGAAUAAAAAAUAAUGCUUUGUGCAGAUAAAUCAUUCGUAAUAAAUACUGCAAUAUUCCAUGAAAAAUAAGAAUUGUCAAUUUUGAUUUCAUGGUGACUUUAAAUUAAACCAAAUGUUUAGCUCAUAUGAAUAAUUGUGAUCUUUGAAUGAAUGUGUUGUUUCUCUUUCUCUGGAGACAUGUUCUGUUAAUAUUUAUUACAGUGGUAACUUUUGAGAGCAUACAUGCCUGGGAAAUAUGCCAGAUAAUGAAAUAUGUGUGGAUCGGAUCAGUUCAGGAAUCUUACAUAAGCUUUGGGUCUGUAAAAUGUCCCAGCUAUGAUUUUAACAUGCUGCUGCUGCUGCUUUGAAUUGCAAAACAUUAAACGAUUCAAAUAAGCGUCUGAUUUGUGUUUGGAUAUUACAGAUAAUAGAAGAGAUUACCUGUGAAUAAAGAUCAAUAUCAAUCA